AUGUCCUGCUUCGAUGUGGAGAAUGGCCCCUCUCCCGGACGCAGCCCGCUGGACUCCCAGGCCAGCCCAGGCCUGGUGCUUCACCCCAGCUUCCCGCAGAGCCAGAGGCGCGAAUCUUUCCUGUACCGCUCGGACAGUGACUACGACAUGUCGCCCAAGACGAUGUCGCGCAACUCCUCCGUCGCCAGCGAAGCACAUGCCGAAGACCUGAUAGUGACGCCGUUUGCCCAGGUGCUGGCGAGUUUGCGAAGCGUGCGUAGUAAUUUUUCCAUCCUGGCAAACGUGCCCACACCAACCUCCAGUAAGAGGUCUCCGAUGGGCGGACAGCCGACUGUAUGCAAAGCCACCCUCUCAGAGGAAACCUACCAGCAAAUGGCCAGAGAGACCCUGGAGGAGCUGGAUUGGUGCCUGGACCAACUGGAGACCAUCCAAACGUACCGUUCCGUCAGCGAGAUGGCGUCCAACAAG